AUGUCCAGCGACGAGGCCCACGACCAAGCUAUUCAAAUAUGGAGGUACCGCAAGCUCCUCACCAUGCUUGCCAACUCUCGAGGUGCCGGUACCUCCUGUAUCACCCUCAUUCUUCCCCCUAGGUCUCAGAUCUCCCAGGCGGCGAGCAUGUUGACCACGGAAUACGGUACCGCUUCCAACAUCAAGUCUCGUGUCAACCGACUGUCUGUCCUUUCCGCCAUUACUUCCACUCAACAAAAGCUCAAGCUCUACAACCGAGUGCCCACAAAUGGUCUUUGUGUCUUUGUCGGAACCGUGCUGAACGAUGAGGGGAAGGAGAAGAAGAUCUCGUUCGCCCUUGAACCCUUCAAGCCCAUCAACACUUCUUUGUACAUGUGUGACAGUAGAUUCCACGUUGAGGCGCUUGAAGAGCUCCUGGAGAACGACUCCAAAUGGGGUUUCAUCAUCAUUGACGGUAACGGUUCUCUUUUCGGUACCCUGGCCGGCAACACCCGAGAUAUUGUCCACAAGUUCACUGUCGACCUUCCCAAGAAGCACGGUCGAGGUGGUCAAUCUGCUCUUCGUUUCUCCCGUCUCCGAGAGGAAGCUCGUCGAAACUACGUCCGAAAAGUUGCCGAACUUGCUGUCCAGCACUUUAUCACCAACGACAAGGUCAACGUUGCUGGUCUCGUUCUUGCCGGUAGUGCCGAAUUGAAGACCGAUUUGAGCGGUUCCGACUUGUUUGAUCCGAGAUUGCUCGCCAAGGUCGUCAAGGUCGUCGAUGUUUCCUACGGUGGCGAAAACGGUUUCAACCAGGCCAUUGAGCUUGCGGCCGACUCUCUCGCCAACGUCAAGUUUGUGCAGGAGAAGAAGCUCGUUCAAAAGUACUUUGACGAGAUCGCCCUCGACACUGGCAAGUACUGCUUUGGUAUCGUCGACACUCUCAAGGGUCUCGACAUGGGAGCUGUGGAGACUUUGAUUGUUUGGGAGAACUUGGACACUAUUCGAAACACUUUGCGUAACGCCGCUGGUGAGGAGAUCAUUGUCUUCUCCAACCCUGGUGACAAGGACCGUGAGAGGUUUAUGGACAAGGCUACCGGUCUCGAGAUGGAGCAGACUGCCGAGCCCCAGCCUUUGCUCGAAUGGUUCGCUGAAAAGUACCGCGAGUUCGGUGCUCAGCUCGAGUUCAUCACCAACAGGUCCCAGGAGGGAUCUCAAUUCGUCAAGGGUUUCGGUGGUAUUGGCGGUAUCUUGAGAUACAAGGUCGCUUUCGAGGACUUGGGAGAUAACGAAGAUGACGAGGACGAGUUCUAUGACAGUGACUCUGACAGUGGUGCGUAG